CGCGCGGCCCGGGGCGCCCGAGCACCUGUCCGCGCGCAGGGCGUCCUGACCCGCGUGGUUCUGAAGGAGCUGGUGGAGCAACCCGGGUCAGGGUCUGCAGAGGGGUCUCCGCCUGCGGGGAACUCGGACGCAGAGGGCAGGCGGGGCCUGGCGGGGCUGACGGGCGGGCUGACCCGGCUGCUGGGCCUCAGGACGGGCCAGUCCCAGCCUGCGCCGGCCGAGGGUCUGGUGGCGCCGCCCAGGGGCGGGGCUGCAGACGGGGGACCGGGCGAGGAGGGUCCGCACCGGGUGAGGGUGGAGCUGCCCGUCCAGUGCCCACUGUGCCAGCUGCGCAGCCACCGCCGCAGGAACAAGCUCUCUGUGGGCCCCGUGGCCACAGCCAUCUCCCUGGUCUCCAGAGAGCCCUCCCUGUCCUGCCGCCCCGGAUCUUUCUCCAUCUCUGUGGUGUUGUCAUCAAAGGACACUUUGAAAAUACUGAUUUACCCAAUAAACUUACUGAAGCAGCGAGCCCUCUGGCCGCUCUGCACUCCCCAGUCCCCCUCGACAGCUGGUCAGGAGGCCCCAGAUUGGCCCACUGGCCUGGAAUCCCGGCCUGGUUACCUACGCAAGAGCUGGGAGGCAGGGGAGAGGUUUACAGAGGAAGAGCUGGGAGCCAUCGACCAGUACAAGCCCCAGGAUGCCACCACCAACCCGUCCCUGAUCCUGGCUGCGGCGCAGAUGCCCGCCUACCAGGAGCUGGUGGAGGAGGCCAUCGCCUACGGCAAGAAGCUGGGCGGGCCACAGGAGGAGCAGGUUCAGAAUGCGAUCGAUAAGCUCUACGUGCUGUUCGGAGCAGAAAUACUGAAGAAGAUUCCAGGCCGCGUGUCCACGGAAGUAGAUGCCAGGCUCUCCUUCGACAAGGACGCCAUGGUGGCCCGAGCCCGGCGCCUCAUCGAGCUCUACAAGGACGCCGGGGUCAGCAAGGACCGGAUUCUCAUCAAGCUGUCGUCCACCUGGGAAGGAAUUCAGGCUGGAAAGAGUGAAGAGCGUCACCGAGAUCUGCACUCCUACAAGAAGUUUGGCUACAGACCAUCGUCAUGGCCGCUUCCCUUCCGCAACACGGGCGAGAUCAAGGCGCUGGCAGGCUGCGACUUCCUCACCAUCUCGCCCAAGCUCCUGGGGGAGCUGCUCAAGGACAGCAGCAAGCUGGUGCCCACGCUGUCGGCCAAGGCGGCCCAGGCCAGCGACCUGGAGAAGAUCCACCUGGACGAGAAGGCCUUCCGCUGGCUGCACAACGAGGACCAGAUGGCCGUGGAGAAGCUCUCGGACGGCAUCCGCAAGUUCGCUGCCGACGCGGUGAAGCUGGAGCGGGUGCUGGCGGACCGAAUGUUCAGCGCGGAGAAUGGAAAGUAGCCUGAGGCCCGGCCACAGAUCAGUGCGGGCUUUGGAUUUGGGUCUGAUUACACAAGUCCGGCGACGAAUCUUUCAUUUUUUACUACUUGCAGCAGGGACGGAUCAUGGGUUUCUGAUUUUGUGUAAAAUUCUGCCUAAUGCAUUAAAGCAGGUGUUUUCUGUGCCAA